AUGGCUAGCGCUCCGAAUAUCGUAAGCCGGUGGGCGGUGACUGGGCGAGUCGGUGACAGCUUCGAUUUACUCGUAAUGGCUGCUGUUGGCCUUUUCAUGUCGUUCGCAAAGGGAAUGGGGAAACUAGGAAGCAUCGUAGAAAGAGGUAGAAAGACCAGUGUAUUGGGAAGGAUUGGUAUCCUCUUUGCUAUGCCCCUAGUGUGGAGCGGUGAUUACAUCAAGAAAACAGUGGAAUUCUCCGAGUCAUAUAGUGCACGAACUACUAGGGUCUUGUCUUCUAUUUCCAUACCCCAGCGGGAUGGGGAAGGUAAGCGGAUGUAUUGGACGGGAAGAAGGCGGAUAGGCUCCAGCGGCUACCGUGCAUUGCUCCAGAAGCCUCAUAAGGGUCUUGGAGCGAAUAAGAUAUAUGAGUCCAAGAUCUGCAAAGAACAUGUUCAGAUAGCUAAGCCUCACUCCGAUCGCUCGCCACAAGUCACGUACAGCUUAGACAUUCAUUACACGAGUGAUAUAGAGGGUAAUCUACUGAUCGCGAUCGGCUGGCAGCUUGGCGCCUGGAGGUUGCUCCUUUCUCCCGGCGUAGUGAGAAUGUUCCCUAUCCAGCAUUCCAUCACGAUAAGAAUACAGCUAGAUGCAUCGUAUCUUGUCCACAGGACCAAAGCGCGUGCAUUCCGGAAUCGGCAGCAUGACCUACUAAGGGAUAGUAGAGGAUACGGGAAUUCGAGGCUCGGAACCAAAAGCUAUCCCUGCGCCGAGUAUCGAGAGCGUUCUAGCCACCACUCUACCUUGAGUUUUCAACAAAGCUCAGUGUGGAUGUUUCCAGAGCUCUCUGAUGCUUCACUCUUUCAUGGAACUAGCUUUCUGGCCGCUGAAGACUUUUCAGCCAGCCUUGCGAUUUAG